AAUUUAAAGCAGAGAAAAAAAAAAAUUGUGUCAGACCAUCCCUCACUUUGACUUUUCUAAUUACCUUUUUAUGGUCCAAAAGUAUAUUCCAAAACUGCAAAAACUCUUUCCAUUUCCAAAGCCCAGUUGCAUCUUUCAGUAACGGACAGCGGAGCCAAACUCCUCUUCGCCUUCAUCCAAUAUGCAUUAAAAUAAAGUUGCCUGAGGGAAGCAUGAAUAUCUCCUCUGGUGGCGGCGGUGGAAGAUGGUGGGCUGGGCUGCUGGGCUUGUCUGGCGUCUAUGGUGGGUGAAGGUAGGGGCCGUAGGGCCUAAUCUCUUUGAAUAGGCAAUAAGUGCGGUUUUGGUGGUUUGCCCACUGCCAAGUCAUUCAUGAUGAUUCAAAUGCCGACAAUAUUUUCUAGAAAAGUUUUCUGUGAAAAAAUAAAGAUAAAAAAUAAAAAAAAUGAAUUUAUAUGGGCCAGUGCCCAGUGGGGUUGUAUCUCACAAUUUAGUUGAGUUUGUCGUUGCAUAUCCAGUUCGAAAGUGCUGGAGAAAACACCUUAAUUACCACUUUUAAUCAUCUGAAUGCGAAAGCUCAUGUUUGGAUCAGAAGACACAUAUUGAUGGUCCAUUCCUAUAACUAAACAUGAUUCAAAAAUCCAGUUGAUCUUGUAUGUAUGUCUGUUGAUGUUGUUAGUAUUCCAUCUGUGGACGCCACCAUAUAAUCAUUUCCUUUGUCUCUCUCUCUCUCUCUCUCUCUCUGUCUGAAAGACGGCUAGUGUGAACACAGAGACCAAAAAAAACCCAUUGAUAGUACCAAUCCAGGAACUGCCUUUUUGCCUUCUUGACUUUGGGAAUGCACAAAAAUGAACCAAUCUUUUCUUCUUAAAACUUGACAAGACGGUUUCUGAAUAAGAAUGCUAUUAUCUGCUUUUCGAUGUAUUUGCGGUUUCACAUUCUUGUUGUGUUCUGUCUUCAUUUCUCCUACCCCCAAAACCCUCUUUGCCAAAUAAUCAAAUCCCAGAGAUGGAGCUUAGCUAAUGGAUAAUCUGCAUUUCUCCCUUUCACCUUAAAAAAGUAAAAAAAAAAAAAAAAAUGAAGAUCCGCAAUUGCAACCCAUUAGUCCUUUCUCACUAUUUACUUCUCCUAAAGAUUCUGCUAUUGCUAGAAACCGCAAUUGGAGAUCCAAGAGCGCACACAGUCCAAAUUACUUGUGGUCGUCAGCUUGAGCACAAUACAACCAUCUUCGUUCCAAACUUUGUUGCUACCAUGGAAAACAUCAGCGAACAGAUGCGAACUUCUGGUUUUGGAAUGGCAGCCAUAGGUGAAGGAGCUGACACCAACUAUGGCUUAGCACAAUGCUAUGGUGAUCUCUCACUGCUUGACUGUGUGUUAUGCUAUGCCGAGGCACGUACAGUUCUUCCUCAAUGCUUCCCUUUCAACAGUGGUCGAAUUUACCUGGAUGGUUGCUUCAUGAGAGCUGAAAACUAUAGCUUUUAUGACGAGUAUAAAGGACCCGGUGACAGGGCAAUUUGUGGGAACACAACCCAGAAGAGCUCGGGGUUCCAAGAAGCUGCUAGGCAAGCUGUGAACCGUGCCGUUGGUGCUGCACCAAGCAAUGAAGGCUAUGCCAGGGCUCAAAUGGUUGUGGCGGGGAUGAGUAAUGAAUCAGUUUAUGUUCUGGCUAAUUGUUGGAGGAAUUUGAAUCAAAGCUCUUGCAGUGCUUGUUUGCAGAAUGCUUCUGCUUCUAUAUUGGGAUGCUUGCCUUGGUCGGAAGGACGGGCUUUAAACACUGGUUGCUUCAUGAGGUACUCAGAUAGAGACUUCCUCAACAAGAAACCAGGAAAUGGGAAUUCACGAGCUACAAAAAUAGUGAUUGCAGUCUCAGUUGCGAGUUCCGUGGUUGUUCUGGUAGUUGGGGCAGUUAUUGGACACCACAUUUGGAAGAACAGAUAUAUACAGAAGAAGCGAAAAGGUUCAAAUGAUGCAGAAAAGUUGUCCAAGAUGCUGAAUGACAGUAGCUUGAAAUUCAAGUACUCUACCAUUGAAAAGGCUACCGGAGCUUUUGACAGUUCCAACAAGCUUGGUCAAGGAGGAUUUGGUACUGUUUACAAGGGAGUUCUACCUGAUGGAAGAGAGAUUGCCGUGAAGAGGCUUUUCUUCAACAAUAGACAUAGAGCGGCAGAUUUCUACAAUGAAGUCAACAUGAUAAGCAGUGUGGAACACAAAAACUUAGUCAGGUUGCUUGGUUGCAGUUGUUCAGGACCUGAAAGCCUUCUUAUCUAUGAAUACCUGCCAAAUAAGAGUCUCGAUCGCUUCAUCUUUGAUCAAACAAGAGGUAAAGCACUAAACUGGGAAAAGAGAUACGAUAUAAUCAUUGGAACUGCAGAAGGUUUAGUUUAUCUUCAUGAAAACUCAAAUAUCAGGAUUAUCCAUAGAGACAUAAAGGCCAGCAAUAUCCUGUUAGAUUCUAGGCUUCGUGCCAAAAUUGCAGAUUUUGGAUUGGCCAGAUCUUUCCAGGAAGAUAAGAGUCACAUCAGCACGGCCAUUGCAGGAACAUUGGGAUACAUGGCUCCAGAGUACCUAGCUCAUGGCCAAUUAACGGAAAAAGCUGAUGUCUAUAGUUUUGGUGUGCUCAUAUUAGAGAUAGUAACUGGAAGACAGAACAACAGAAGCAAAGCUUCAGAGUACUCAGACAGCCUAGUCACAAUUACAUGGAAGCAUUUUCAAUCAAGGACUGUGGAAGAACUGUUUGAUCCAAACCUAAUGUUGCAGAACCAGAAAGACAAUUACAUAAAGAACGAAAUUUUGAGAGUGGUGCAUAUAGGACUUCUGUGCACCCAAGAAAUUGCCUCAUUGCGACCAACAAUGUCAAAGGCACUCCAGAUGCUAACAAAGAAGGAAGAGACCCUCCCCGCACCAACCAACCCACCUUUCAUAGAUGAAAGGACAAUGGAACUCAAUGACACGUGCGAGGAUCCAUGUUACCCCCUCGAUGGAGAUACUUUUGCUUCCAUUGCCAAUGUCACUCACAGUUCUUUCUAUCCCAGAUGACCACAGGGGCCAAAAAAGUAGAAAAAGAAAAGUUUUGUAGAAAAUCUGGUGCUGGGUAUGCAGUAUGGUUUUCUGGCAAAUGAGCAUACUCAUCUUUCCACAACCUUGCUUCCGCUAUUGCAGGCGUUUCACAGCCAUUUUAUGAUGGGUGUUUUGAACUUUUGAAGAGCUGAGAAUAAGUCAGAAAGGCAUGUAGGGAUUCGAAGAUAUGUUUCUGAGGGCAGUUGAGCCAAUGUCUCAGAUUCUAUGGCUUCAGAUGAAAAGAAUAAACCCAUGCCAUUUCAUUUCUUCAAAUCGUUGGCUAGUCUGUGAAUAUUUUUAUUGUCUAGUAUGGCAGUUUUUUUAAUGUGCAUUAAUCUUCAUAAGUUCAAUAUAUGUUUCUCAGGGCAGUCAAGCCAAUGUCUAAGCUUCUAUGGCAUCAGAGCAAAAGCAUAAACCCCAUGCCAUUUCAUUUCUUAAAAUUGUUGGCUAGUCUCUGUGAAUAUUUUUACUUUCUAGUAUGACAAUUUUUUUAUGUGAAUCGAUCUUCAUAAGUUCAAUAUAUUUAUUAAUUUAAUUACUAA